CCCCAUCUACUGCAAAAUGGGGCUUGCUCCACAUUCCUCCCCCUCUCCAUGCCCCCAUGAACUCCUGGAAUUUGGCUCUAGGGCAUUGGGAGGGAACUCCCCAGAACAGCUCACGAGGAGAGGAGAAAGUGGACCCUUCCAUUGGGGAAACUGGAAUGCUUGCGUAGGCAGAAUGACUUGGAAAACACAAGGUGGAGUACCACCGAUUUGCACAAAGACGAAUACCCAUUAUUAGAACGCAGAAUAAAAUAAGCAUCCAUAUUUAAAAUGUGAAGCAAAGCAAUCCUAUUGAAACAACACCGCAAUGUACAGGAAGGAAACAACAGAGCAUUGUGUAGCAGAUCAUAUUUCUGCUGUCUCAAAAAAGGACAUUUCCCUUUUUCUUUUAGGGUCCAGUGUGCUUUGAAGAUGUCGUUGUUCAUUUCACGGAGGAGGAGUGGGCGAUGCUGGAUCCUGACCAGAGAGCUCUGCAUAAGGACGUCAUGGAGGAGAAUCGUGGGAUCGUGGCCUCUCUUGAUUGUGAUGAAACGGAAAUAGGGAACAAAGGUGACCAUGACAAAAUCCCCAGAGAGGACAAGCCAUGUAAAAAUUUGGAGUGUGCAGAAAUGUGUAGUCAGAGCUCCCAUUCCACUUCCCAUCAACAAAAUCUCAUUGGAAAGAAACUCUAUCAGUGCAUGGAAUGUGGAAAAAGCUUCCGUCACAGCUCCAAACUCACUACCCAUCGAAGAAUUCAUACAGGGGAGAAACCCUAUCAGUGUGUGGAAUGUGGAAAGAGCUUCAGUCAGAACUCCCAUCUCACUUGCCAUCAAAGAAUUCAUACAGGGGAGAAACCCUAUCAGUGUGUGGAAUGUGGAAAGAGCUUCAGAUUCAGCAACGAUCUCACUUCCCAUAAGAGAAUUCAUACAGGAGAGAAUCCCUAUCAGUGCGUAGUAUGUGGAAAGAGCUUGAAGAAUAACUCCAGUCUCACUUCCCAUCAGAGAAUUCAUACAGGGGAGAAACCCUAUCAGUGUGUAGAAUGUGGAAAGAGCUUCAGGAAGAGCUGCGAUCUCACUUGCCAUCAAAGAAUUCAUACAGGGGAGAAACCCUAUCAGUGUGUGGAAUGUGGAAAGAGCUUCAGUCAGAGCACCCAUCUCACUUCCCAUCAAAGAAUUCAUACAGGGGAGAAACCCUAUCAGUGUGUGGAAUGUGGAAAGAGCUUCAGUCAGAGCUCCGAUCUCACUUCCCAUCAAAGAAUUCAUACAGGAGCGAAACCCUAUCAGUGUGUGGAAUGUGGAAAGAGCUUCAGUCACAGCCACCGUCUCACUUCCCAUAAAAGAAUUCAUACAGGAGCGAAACCCUAUCAGUGUGUGGAAUGUGGAAAGAGCUUCAGUCACAGCCACAGUCUCACUUCCCAUAAAAUAAUUCAUACAGGGGAGAAACCCUAUCAGUGUGUGGAAUGUGGAAAGAGCUUCAGGAAGAAGGACAUUCUCACUUCUCAUCAAAGAAUUCAUACAGGGGAGAAACCCUAUCAGUGCAUGGAAUGCGGAAAGAGCUUUAGUCACAGCAAUAGUCUCACUUCUCAUCAAAGAAUUCAUACAGGGGAGAAACCCUAUCAGUGCAUGGAAUGCGGAAAGAGCUUUAGUCACAGCAAUAGUCUCACUUCUCAUCAAAGAAUUCAUACAGGGGAGAAACCCUAUCAGUGCAUGGAAUGUGGAAAGAGCUUCACUCAGACAUCCAGUCUCACUUCCCAUCAAAGAAUUCAUACAGGGGAGAAACCCUAUCAGUGUGUGGAAUGUGGAUGGAGCUUCAGUCAAAGCUCCAAACUCACUUCCCAUAAAAGAAUCCAUUCAAAGGUGGGAAAAACCAUUUUACAGCUUUAGGAGCUAAGAAAUCCGCACCUUUAUUACCUGGCAUUUGGCUGAUUGACAUUUAAUGCCUUUUGAACAUGUGGUGUUUUGUGUUUUUAUUUUGUAACCAUCCUGAGACCUGUGGGUGUAGGAAUAGGUACCAAUGUUUAAAGACCUAGGCGUCUCCCCCCCCCCAUAAAAU